AUGUCUGAAACAGUUCGCCCGGCAUUCGCAGGCCGCGAGCGCCCGCUGCUCUCCUACGGCAUCGCUUUCCCCGCCGCUGCCGCUAACCAUGUCACAGUGACAUUCCACGCCUCGCGCGUAUACAUGAUCUGCUCCGGCUCAUUGGCUCGAAACACCGACUCUCUAGAUCGGCUGAUCGCAGCACUGGGUCCAGAGAAAGUCGUUGGACACCGUGUUGGCAUGCAGAGCCAUACGCUGUGGUCAGAGGUGCUCGAGAUCGUCGACGAAGCGCGGAAUGCAAAGGCAGAUCUCAUUCUCACAUUGGGAGCUGGGAGCCUGACAGACGGGGCGAAAAUUGUUGCUCUGGCCCUUGCAAACGACAUUCAUACCCAAGACGAACUGGAAACCCUCGCCCAAGGCCCGAGUAAACGCGCAGAAAUCAAUGCACCCACAGUACCCAUCAUUUCGGUCCCGACUUCUCUAUCUGCGGGCGAAUACUCCAAUUUCGCCGGUGGCACUAAAGACAGUUCGCGCCGGAAAUACAGCUUCCAGCCUCCCACGCGUGGACCGCAGCUUAUCAUUCUGGAUCCGGAGCUGGCAGAGGCGACACCGGACUCUAUCUGGAUUAGCACAGGUGUGCGAGCGGUGGAUCAUUGCGUCGAGACACUCUGCGCGAUCGUCGGAACGACUUCUGCAUCUGAUGAAUUGGCGGAACAUGCGCUAGGCUUGCUUGUGCCGGGACUUCUUCGGUGCAAGAAGGACCGCUCUGAUCGUGAUGCUCACUUGCAGUGUCAAUUGGGCUCGGUGGAUGCUAUGGCUGCUUCCGUCUGCAAAUUCAACGCCAAAUACAACGCAAACUGCGAUCGCCAAGCGCGCGUCCGGGAAUUCCUCCUCAACGACCCUGUUGUAUCGGAUGUCCUACACAUUCGCUCGGUGGACAUCGAGACAGCCGACCUGGGCGAUAUCCUCGAUGCCGUGAUCCGCGAGCUGGGGAUGCCGCGGUCCCUGGGUGAUGUCCAUGUUGGCCGGGAUAAGCUGGAUGCCUUGGCGGCGCAUAGUCUGCACGAUCGAUGGUGUCAGUCGAAUCCGGUGCCAUUGAAGGAGAAAGAGCAGGUGCUGGAGAUUUUGGAGAUGGUUGUUUAG